AUGGCUUCCGACGCUCGCAGACAACCGCCAUGGAUCCCUCCCAAAGCCCGACCUGACGCCCAGCUGCCCCGUCUGAAGAUCUACAACAGCCUGACGAGGACUAAGAAUGACUUUAUCCCCCUCGAUCCGACAGGGAAGGUGGUAACGUGGUACGGCUGUGGCCCGACUGUGUACGAAGAUGCCCAUCUCGGCCAUGCGAAGAAUUACGUCUCGACCGACAUUAUCCGCCGCAUCAUGCAGGACUAUUUCGGCUUCCGACGGCUUGGUGAGCGAUUCGCUUUUGGCAGAGGGCAAAGCCGCAAUCCAGCACUACAUUGGCAAGAACCUCUGCCCUCGGAUACGAGCCCAGAGACUUUUGCAGAGGCAGUAGCCAAGGCAUAUAAGGAACAGGUUGAGCCACCAUCCCGACCCGACGGCGCGACAGCAGAACAGGGCGAAGCUGUUACUGUCACCGAUUUGCUGUUGAGAGCACACAUUGGAACGGUGCAGUCGGCCGCCGAGGCCCUGCAAUCCCCAGGAAAGCUGCCUGAAUUUUUCGCCAAGACGGACGAUAUUUUGCUCCCAUAUCUCGAUGCCUUGCAUGGUGCAGAGAUGGACUCCAAUAAUCACAAGAUAUAUCUGGAGCUGACCCAGAAAUUCGAACGCCGCUUCUUCGAAGACAUGAAUGCGCUUAAUGUCCUAGCUCCCGACCAACUGACUCGUGUGACUGAAUAUGUCCCUCAGAUUGUCCGCUUCGUCGAGAAGAUUGUGGCGAACGGUUUCGGUUACGCUACCCCUGACGGCUCCGUAUAUUUUGAUAUCGACUCGUUUGAGAAGGCUGGGCACAACUACUCCCGGCUGGAACCGUGGAACAAGAACGACCGUGCCCUCCAAGCCGAUGGUGAAGGUUCACUGUCCAAGGGAAGAUCAAUGAAGCGGAAUGAGAAUCAUUUUGCGCUGUGGAAAGCUAGCAAGCCAGGCGAACCAGCCUGGCCGAGUCCAUGGGGUUAUGGGCGACCAGGAUGGCAUAUUGAAUGCUCUGCAAUGGCCUCCGAAGUGAUCGGGAAGACGAUAGAUAUCCAUUCCGGGGGUGUGGAUCUUCGUUUUCCUCAUCAUGAUAAUGAACUCGCACAAUCGGAAGCGUACUGGUCGACUCCGGGCUGUCAGGUACAGUGGACAAAUUACUUCAUUCACAUGGGGCAACUGAGGAUUCGAGGCUUGAAGAUGAGCAAGAGCCUCAAGAACUAUACGACCAUCAGAACGUUUCUCUCCCAAAAGGAGUGGAGUGCACGUUCUCUCCGAAUUUGCUUCCUCCUUAUGCCUUGGCAGGAUGGUAUUGAGAUAACAGAUGAGCUGAUGAAGGCUGUAGUCAGCUGGGAAGACAAGCUCAAUAACUUCUUUCUAAAGAGUUUGGAUAUCUGGAAAAGUACCAAGACUGCAACAAUGCAAGAGCCUGGCAUUGCAGACCAGCAAUUAUUAAACGCUCUGGAUAAGGCGAAAGCCGAUGUCGAUACAGCUCUUUGCGAUUCCUUCAAUACCCCAGCUGUCAUGAGAAUCCUCUCUGAUCUUGUUACCGAGUCUAACUCAGAGACACCUUCGGACCAGACAGUCAUCUUACUCGCGCGGUGGGUAACAUGCAUUGUCACUAUAUUUGGUCUGGAUCCCGAGGGAGAUCUCAACAACCUGGACCGUAUAGGGUGGUCGGGCCUCGAUAUUCCCGCGCCAGCAAAACCCUAUAUCUACCCUGCAUCUCAAUUGCGCGACCACGUUCGGACCUUAGCCCGUUCAGGCUCGGUGGAUCAUACAGCUCUAGCGAAGCUCGCUGAUAAUAUUACGAUCGCGGGGUCAACACCAGUGGUCGAGUCCUCCAAACCAUACGAUCAGGUGCUGCAGCAGUUCCGCGCCGACGUUAAGGCCCUUGCGGCCCACCAAGCGCCGGCAAAAGACCUGCUUGCCUUAUGCGACCAGCUCCGUGAUGUACACCUCUGGAACCUAGGGAUCUAUCUCGAGGACCGCAACCAUCCCCAGCCUGCUUUGGUCCGACCCCUCGAUAAGUUGCUCAUACAGGCGCGCGCGGAGAGGGAAUCAGCUGGCAUUGCGAAGGCGAAGGCCAAGCUAGAACAGAAGGCUAGGGAGGCUGAGAAGGAGAAGGAGCUGCAUGAGCGGGCCAAGAUUGACCCUCUGCUGAUGUUCAGGACCUCGGACGAGUACUUGGAAUGGGACGAAAGCGGCAUUCCGACGGUGGACGCAGCAGGGAAUGAGCUGGCCAAGAAUAGGCGCAAGAAGCUGGUCAAAGAGUGGGAGAAACAGAAGAAAAGGCACGAGGAAUGGCUGGCGAGGCAGCAGGCAGUAUAG